GGUUGACAUGAAAGUCAAAAAUGAGCGAGUUAGACCGAAGGACUCGCUCGUCAUCAGCAAGUAGCAAAUUAGAAACCCUCUUGCAAGAGCUCAUUGAUAACCCAAGCGAUCGGAUGGUAAAUCCUGAUCAAGAUUCUAGUGAAAGGAGGUCCCCAGAUGAGGUUGAUCCAACUGUGGGCAGCUGUCAUGCUUCUCCCGACCAGACGAGCACGACUUCUUCUCCAAGGAAAUCAAACAUUGGGAAAAGUCCUAGAAAAAGGCGCCGUAGAGUAUUGGAUGAAAGCGGAGGCAAGUUUGGUGGAACUACUCACAUCAUGAAAUUUCGUGACAGAAAAGUUGAUUUGGCUCAGUUUGAUGAUACCACGUCAAUGUACAUGCUUUGUCGUGCUUGGAUGAUGAACAAUCCAAGUCAAACAGCUCUUCAGGCCGAACAAUUGCCUUCAUUUCCGCCACAGACUCAACCAAGUCAUGUGAACUCAAAUUCACUGGAUGCAUCCCAGUCACUAAGUAUCACCAGUGCAAAUCAACCCUUGUUGGCUGUAGCGGCUGCUGCAGAAUCAAUACUGAAUAGUAAAGAGAUAUGGCGUUUGCCUUCACCAGAUAGCAAGAAAAAUCCUGAUGAAAACGAGUGUCUUCAUUCUGGAGAACAUGUGAAGGAACUAUCAUCUUUUGAUUUACAAGCCGAUCAACAGGAGGCUUCUGUUAUGGAGGAUUUAAAGAAGCAACAUAUAGAACGGUGGAAGAAAGUCCGGACUAGUUGGAAAGAUCAUUUGACUAGGAAGCAUGUCAGGUAUGCAAAGAGUUUAGAACUUUUACGGACUGUGUGGCAGCAACACCAAGAAAAAAUGAUGCAGUCUGGAGUGGACAGGAGUCAAUGGGAAACGUAGGACAUAAAAUAUUUGGUUUAUUCUGUUAAGUACUGUUAACAUUGUAUUGGUCUAGAAUAGUAGCAAUUGAGAAAAUAUGACAUA